UUUUGUUAAUCAGCAGCGCUUCCUGGUGGAUGUACUAAAUCGUAACAUAAACAAACGAGAUAAACAGAGCAGCCCAUAACCAUAACGUCUCUUGAAGUGUCAGCAUGGUAAUACUGGCAGCAGGAUCGUAAAGGAGAUAUAAAAUAAAAUAUGGAGCGAAAUAAACCAGCGAUAAUCAGCCGAGCCAAGAGCAAAAUAGCUCAGCAUCCACCAGAUUUGUUUGCACUGGGUUCUAAAAGCGGAAGAGAUGUGCUGGAAUCUAAAAGACCUGGAGUUAUACACAGCAAGCCGAGCACGUCAUCAACUUCGUCAACGGCGUCGAGUUCAGAGCGAAAGAAAGAAGCACCUGCUGGCUCAUUGCCGUCUUAUAUAGCACCGAAGAAAGCUAAACUAAGUCAUGCUAGCAGUCAUCCACGUCCGCCGAUGUCCAGUGCUGAGGCCUGGGAAGUCGUGGCCAUUGAUUGCGAAUCCCCGGACCUGGUACCCAUGGUACUGGAAGCCAGUGACAAUGACGAGGGUGAUAAAGUUAUUGGUUUAAUUUGUGGUGCCAUUAAAACACUUAAAAAUCAGCGAUGGAAACCUGAUGCUCUGCUUUACAUGGGUCUUAUGUAUUUAGCAAAAAUAAGACCAUCAAUAUUUUCAAAUGAUUGUAUAUUACAUGCACUAUCCUCGCUAUUAAAACGCGAUCAGGCUCAUAAUUUUAAGAGCAAAGGCAAUCCCUUGGUACCUGUACUAGCUGCUAAUCUACUGAUGCGCGGAUUUCAUGACAAAAAAGCCUGGCCAGAUAUUUUUAUAAAGUUGUACAUUGAAGACGCGCUGGGUGAACGUGUCUGGGUUGAUCAUGACGAAUGUAAAGGUUUUACAGACAAUAUUUUAACAGGUUUCUGUACGAGAAUACCUCCCAAGAGUGCACUCCAGCAUGAGCUAUCGGUAUUAGCACCUCGUGAUUGUCACAGCCCGUCGACAAUGGAAGAUGAAGACUCGGUAACAUCAACAAUACAACUUGGUGACAAAGAUAAGUCGGAAUUUACUGUGAGUCUGAGAUACGCACACUGUCCUGAGACUGUCGAAACAAUAGUACUAGAUGCUGUUAAGGAACAAUUGAACCGUCGUCAACCAGAGUCAAUAACAAAAAAUGUUUUGAAAUUACUUUCGUCAGCAUGCGGUCUCGUUGAGAUACGUAAUCUAGUGUUACCACGUAUUGAAGUGUGGCUACACAAUCCCAAACUCAUGAAACCAGCUCAGGAAUUAUUGAUUUAUAUCUGCUACAACUGUACGACUCACACACAACGUGAUGUCGAGGUAAUAAGUCAGCUGGUGAAGCUGAGACUGAAAACAAAAGCAGUUGUUAAUUUGUAUUUAAAUGGAAUCAAAGAAUUAAUAGGAUUACACCCGGAAAAUUUGUCUACCAUGUUGAAGCACACAAUUUACAAUGAAUUAUCUAACGCCAGGAAUUCAAACAACAUGCCAAUGUUGGCAGUUAUGUUUCAAGCAGCACCAGAAGCAUCUGCAAAAUUAUUAGCAGAAAUAUUCCAAGAUCUCUUAAUGAAUCGUGAAGACUUUUUACGUCCCCUAAGAGCACUUUUCCGUGAAAUAAUACGCGUUUGUCGUCAUGAUAUAAAUAUGAUGACACUCGCACGAGCACUGAUGAAAGAGCGGCCGCAAAUAUUGCAGCAGCUUGCGGCAUUUGAAUUUAAAGAACGCAUGUUUGCAUCAAUAAUUGAUCUACUCUGUCUUUGUAUGUUUUUAGCAAUAAGCCCUCAAGUAAAAGAAAUUGUUCUGAUGACACAACGGGGUGAGAAAAAAGAUAUUGCGCCUCUACAACAAUUUCAAAAGUUGGUAUCGACGAUUCAGUAUGACACGACAGCCUGGCUACAAACCUCAGCUCAGGCAGUUUAUGGAGUUGGUAAAGUUGAAUUAUUGAAGGCUAUUCAAAAAAUUAUGCUGUUGGAUUCUCCUGAGCAUUAUUACAAGUUAGAUAAUUGGCCACCGGAAACAGACCGUGUACUAUUUAUGCGCAUUGUCUGCGAGGUUCCUCUAUUACAGACUACUGUACUGCGAAUAAUGAUGAUGGGAAUGUCCAAAGAAAUAGGAAACUCUCAGCUAGAAAUAUUGGACGUCGUUGACCAGUUGGUAAGACGAGCGGCUGGAAAUUCAACAGAAACAUUCCCGAUGUUACAAGCAGAUAAGCAAGAUAUCAUUGAUUUAAUAUUUCAUUUAUGUGUGUACCAACCUCCUGGAUCAAUAAACAUACCGUCCGGUUACACUCCUCCGAAUCUUGCGAUAUCUAAUAAUUACUGGAAAGGCUGGACUAUAUUAUUGAUACUAGCAGCGCACAAUCCCACAACUAUUGGUGCUACUGGCUGGAAUCGUUAUCCAAUUCUGCGCACACUUAUGGAGAUGUGCAUAACAAAUCAUUUUUCAUAUCCACCACCGACUCUAGCACUUCCAGAAAUAAUUGAACAAGAGCGUGCUAAAGAAAUGCAAAGAGAGGCACGGGAAAAAUUAGAAAUACUUGAGUACGAGUCGCACUUGGCUGCUGCGUCGACAAAAGUCCAAAUUUCUGAGUCAAACAGUCUAUUAUUGUCACAACUAAUUACUAUGGAUCCAAGUGGAAUAGCAAGAAGACCACCGCCAGCAGUACUAGAGCAUAUUCAAUCGCUAAAUGUUUCUCACAGACUUGGACAUUUACUUUGCCGUUCACGUAAGCCUGAUUUUUUGCUGGACAUCAUACAAAGACAGCAACAGAGCUCAUCUCAAAGUAUGCCGUGGUUGGCUGAUCUUGUGCAAAACAGCGAAAGUUCUCUCAGUCAACUGCCAGUCCAGUGUCUCUGUGAAUUUUUGCUAUCAACAACCGCCCAAGCUGUGGACAAACAACCUCGCCAGCAACAACUACUUGGGCAUCUUCAAAAACUUCUGACAGACCCUAGUGAAAAUCAACAACACGCUUACGAAGUAUUGGAGUACUUUUUACGAAGACUAAGCAGCCAACAGAGUAACAGUCGUAUUCAAGCGAUAACAGGACUAAAAUUAGUUUUAGAUUCAAUUCCUCUUGAAGACGAGAGUAUGGAAGUUGACGGUAGCAGCGACAGCGAAGUCUGGCUGCUGCGAAAGCUUCCCUCCAUACCCCAUUUUUCAGCAGUACGGACACUGGUCUCUGUUGCACUACGUGGCGCUUGUCAAGUUGAAAAUAAUCCAGAGUUAGUACGUGCUUAUAUUGCUUAUCUAGCUGAACACACUGUGGAUGACGACCUACCGGAAUUUACAGAUUUAGCGAACGAAAUAUCCCAGUUGGUUGUUGAGCGAAGCACAAUAACAGCAGCAAUACUACCAGAACCUGACAGCGACUGUCCUCAAACGAAACAAACUCUUCAAGCUUUCAAAACAAUAUUUUGUAAUUAUUUGAGAAAAGCACGCUCACCAAGUGGCGAAGGCUACACAUGGUCCGAAAGCCAGGAUCAGAUACUCGUACAGUGGAGCAGCGGCGAAGAAUGUACAAUGCAUAUCCUCGUUGUCCAUGCGAUGAUUAUUCUUUUGACGUAUGACGUUAUUGACGAACGUGGACUGUCAAAUGAUUUAUUGGAGACUUGGUUCCCUGAAGACAGUGAUCCUCCAAAGGCUUAUCUUGUUGAUACUAGUGAAGAAGCGUUGCUGAUUCCUGACUGGUUAAAAUUACGAAUGAUACGGAGCAAUGUGCCUAGACUAGUUGACGCUGCUCUAAAAGAUCUUGAGCCUCAACAACUGGUUCUUUUUAUCCAGAGUUUUGGAAUACCAGUUUCCUCAAUGAGUAAAUUGCUGCAUACACUAGAUCUCGCUGUGCAAAUUGACCCGGGCUCUGUUGGUGAAGCUGUACUUGACAAAGCUUACAUGGCGCAAUUGGUAAAGGUGCAACAUCAUCGUGGUGCAACUGGUGGUCUGGUAUUUGUUCAAGUACUUCAAUUAGUCGAGCCACAGUUACUCGAGGCAGCAGUAGUUAGUACAGAAAAAUUACAAGAGCCAUUGCCUCAAAGCGCGAUGAUUAAAAAUCAAUCGGUUAUACAGUAUCCGGUUAAAACGGAAGUACCUCAUUUGAUAAAUAAAUUGUUUAUUGAAAAUAUUCCAUUGGUGCAGAAAGCGGAAGCCUACAGACGAUUACACAAAACACUGGCUAAAGAUUUGCAAAAGUCAACAAAAGAAAGCGGUGCUAUUAUUUUAGCAAUCCAACAUAUAUGCAGUGUGUUGAGUUCAAUGCAAGUUGAACAAUUUCUCUCAUCACUUGUCCACAUGCCUCAGUACUCUUGCACACUAAUGAGAAUUAUUUUAUUGCCGUUAAAAAAACCUGGAACGCCAAUGAACUUGAUUGAUCUGGGUAGAAGUAUGUGUUUGAAUUUAAUUUCACUUAUCGGUGAUGUCAAAGCGCCAAUUUUGUCUAUUCUACGUAACUUUGCUGAUGUCCAAAAAACUAAAACAGCCCGACGCAAUGACCUGGUGGCAUUGACUAAAACACGUGAACCUUCGGAAAUUUUAGAAAACACGGACCCAGUUAAUUUAGAGAGUGUGGGACGAACUCUACUAGAUAUUCUCUUGAAAAACGCUAAUAAUAAUAUUUUAGUUAACGCAAUGGCGCAAUCAUUGGUGUCAGACAGUGAUGAAGGUUUGAUUAAGCCCAGAACAGGUCUUUUGAUUGACUGGUUGGCGUCGAUUGAACCUGAGCUCAUUGGAGUCUGUCCUAUUCUACAAAUGAAACUUCUCUUUGGUAAAUCAAAACUACAUGUGAAGAUUGAUGAGAGUAUCGUUAACUCUCAUGCUUAUCGUCCUUAUUUGCUGACUCUGCUGACUCAUCGCGCAAGCUGGGCGACUCUGUACAAGUGUGUUGGACACCUGCUAGCUAAGUGCGAUGAAGAAUACGAUCCAACCGCCGUUCUGGAUUUUCUAUGGGCCCUAACGUGCAAUCCAAAGUUAUGGCAAGGUCGUGAUAAAUUUACUCCCAAGCAUUACGUUCCAGAGGACAUUUUACUGCUCACUCAACAGCAGCUUCUAACUCUGGUAGCUUACGUCGUGGCCGAAGCCAUUGUCGUUCACGGUCGCCAGGGAAAAAAUGCUGCGUUGACGCAAAUGGAGUUACGGCUCGACUUACUCCAGCAUUGCCUGUCUACUAAAGAAAAAUUAACGUCUGAAGUCGUAAAGUAUCUAGCAGAUCGUAUGAUAAACAACACAAAUAUCAUUGAAUCAGAAAUGGCUCAUCAGUUUCUUCUGCACAUGUACAUGAAAAUACCAAAAGUGAUUUGCUUUUUAAAUCAAUUUCAAGCUAAAAAAUUUGUCGCUGGUGCCAAGAUUACCGAGUGGACUGGAUCAGUAUUGGACUGUAUGAGUCAUUCAUUGCUGACCGCACUAGCAGCGACUCCAAGACAAAAAUCAUGGAUCUCAAAGUCUCAAGAGUUUGAAUUGUGUGCUAGGAAAAUGGCAGCGGUACAUCCAAUUCUAGUUCUCCGGCAAUUACCGAUGCUCGCGUCAUCACUUACGGGCAGAUCGCACCUAGACAUGAUUGACUUCCGUACAGGAAAUCACUUAAAUUUAUUUAUUCAAGUUAUGGGACUUUUGGAACUUCUCCAGCCGUAUUUAUUCAACGAAGAGCAUCAAACUGCUUUGGAAAAUACACUGGAAAAUUAUUUCCAGUGUUUCCAAAACUACGGAACUUACAAAGAACAUCACACUUUGUUGACACUGUUAAAUAGAUUUGUCGCGUUAUUACAAUCUUACAUUUCACAUGACGCUCAACGUGCUCUCAAGUAUCUUCACAAUCAUGUCCACGUGUUACGUGAACUCCAGUCAUACUAUUCCGGAGUAAUCAGUUUGAGGUCAUUAAUUGCCACGAUACCGGGACCCAGAGAAGGAACUAAUGGAGAAGAAAUAUUUUUAGCUGGUCCACCACCAAUCAAUCAUCAAGACACCGGGUUACCUCAGCACUGGCACCUUCUUGUUGGAGCUCUGGGAAAAAUUCAAGGCGAAGAUGUCUUGUCGGCUCUACAAGAAAUUGAUCACCUGUCAUCCCGCAAGCCUUUGAUAUUUGAAUAUGUCACUGACAGUCUAACUGAGUUAUUGGUAUCACCCCAAGGAAAUAUUAGAAGUCUAGCUCAUUCAUUGCUCGCGAAGGCGCUGAAACAUCGGCCGACACUUAAUCUUACUAUAUUAUCAGCAUUCCAACGUUGCCUUGAUAGUCCUAGGUCCGAUGUUUUAAUGUCUGCACUUGAUAGACUUCCUGAUGUUGUUCUCUGUAUGCAAGAACAUGCAUUGCCGUUGUUACAAAAAGUAUUUGAAUUAGGAGUCAAUUCAAAUGUCAACACGAUUCCUCACAUAACUAAAAGUAUAAUGCUACUAAAUAUACAGCAAGGAUGUUGAUAACAAUCAGUAUAAAAUGAUUACAAAUAUAAAAAAUAAUUAUUCAUUUGUUUGUUUAUUUAAAUAAGAAUUUAUAUUUACAUGUAUAUUGUAUUUAAAAAAAAACUAUUAUUAUUAUCAA